CGACACUUCAAUAUCGUUUUGAUACAACUGUUCGACGUCUGCAAACGACGGGGACACUGGUUCAAAUGGAGAAAUCCAAAAAUUUCCGCAUCGAUGCGCUUCUGGCUGUUGACCCGCCGAAGGUGCAGACAUCUCCGCUUGCGCUUGUGACUUCUCUAUCAUCCUCUUCCAUUUCAUCGUCCGGAAGUGUACCAAAUUCAGAAUUGAAUGCCGACUCUUUACGGAAUGAGACGCCGUCUCCACCUAGGAUUUCCCCUUCUGGUUUGAUUCCUAAACCAGGCUUUUUGAACAGUCCCCACAGUAUGCUUGGAUUACAUCCACAGAGCAGCGCAGGGAUCCCUCCCCAGGCUCUCUACGGCCACCCCAUGUAUACCUACUCCCUCGGGCAGCACCCUGCCUUGUCCUACUCAUAUCCGCAUGGGUCCCAUCACCACCAUCCAUGCAGCGACUCCCUCAAACUCUCGGCCGGGACGUUUCAACUCGACCACUGGUUGCGAGUCUCCACAGCGGGAAUGAUGCUACCCAAAAUGCCCGAUUUUAAUUCUCAGGCCCAGUCAAACUUGCUUGGAAAGUGCAGAAGACCAAGGACUGCAUUCACAAGUCAGCAGCUACUGGAGCUCGAGCAUCAAUUCAAACUGAAUAAGUAUCUGUCGCGACCGAAGCGCUUUGAGGUGGCUACAUCCUUGAUGCUGACGGAAACGCAGGUGAAAAUUUGGUUUCAGAACAGGCGAAUGAAGUGGAAACGGAGCAAGAAGGCCAAAGAGCAAGCCGCACAGGAGGCUGAAACGAAGAAAAGCAACAAAAACGGACAGGAGAAAUCGGACGGACAGGAUCAAACGGAUUAUCAAAAGACUAGUUCUGCCAAAAGUAACAGAAUAAGAGACUUCAGGGACAGUGACGAUGAUGAAGGUGACAACUUCCUGUACAACUCCUCGGAUUGCUCAUCGGACGACGAUAGAAACCACACCAGUGAUAUAAGCCCACAGCUUUGAUAUGGGUAAGGAUACAUGUAUUUUUGAAAAGCUAUAGUCCUACACUCCUUAAAUGUGAAUGACAUUUUCCACCUAACUGCAGCUGCAUGUACAGUAAUAACAACCUUCAAUCACCUACCCUGAAACUACGAAAGUAAUUAGAAUAAUUUGGAAAAUACUAAAUGAUCAAUGCCUGACUGAGAUUCAGUGUGCAGAAUGGCCCUAUAAGGUCAGAUUGACGUUUUAGAAUGCAGUAUUGAGGUACAGUCUGCUAUUUGUAAUAUUGCAUGGUUUUAUGUGACAAUGUCAUGUUUUCAUCCAGUUGGUUUAGGAACCUGAUGUCCAGUACAAUCACAUAGGUACUCCACUAUAGGUGUUGGACAAUCACAUAGGUACUCCACUAUAGGUGUUAUUGUCAUACUAUUUUGAUAGGGCGACCAAUUGUAAAUUCAGACAUGAUAUUCAUCUUUGCAUUUUAUUUUGUUUAAUGUUUUUGAAUUUGUGUGGAUAUAGCCUAUAACACUAAUGUAAUUGUGUCUGUUAACGUGCAGAAAAAUGUCCUUUGUUUAUUUUUGUAUACUGUAUUUAUAAAAUGGCUAUACCGAUGCAUGCUAAAUUAUUGUAAACCGUCUCCCAUGAUAGCCUA